UAGUGAUAAGUGUUUCAUAAAUGCUGUAAAUUGCAAAAAUCUAAUAUAUUUAUUUUCCGGAGGGGAUUUUACACGAGUAAUGUCGAAAGUAUUUCGUAUGAAAUAAUGCUGUAACCAUGGAGUUGAUGGAGGUUAGGAGUGAAUGAUGAUGGAGAGACUGAUGUCGUGCUCUUGUUAAAAAGCUAAAUGAAACCUUAGAAGAUAUGUAUAAACAGUCAGAAAUAAGUUGUCACGUACAGGACACCUCCAUUCUCAUGCAGAUAUGAGUGUGAUAAUGGAGCAAACGCAUUCGAAUGCACGACCAAGUUCACAUAACCCUAAUAAACUAAGAAACUACAAGCUUGUUGUUGAUCCCUGUCUUGUGAAAGGUGCGUCAAAGUUGUAUAGGUACGAUGGUACGGUGCUCAAUGAUCCUACGUACCCUCCUGUCCAGGUUCGAGAUCCGAGAUCGCAAAUAACAAGAAUAUGGACAAGACUAGAGCCACUAGACAUCCCAGUUCCCAGAUUCAAGAUUGAUGCAAAUUAUGUUGGUGAGCCACCACCCUUGGAGGUCACAAUCUGUAACCUUAAUGACAACAUAGACAAGGCAUUUCUUACAGAUAUGGUGCAGAAAUUUGGCGUUGUGGAAGAAUUGUUCAUCUACUACCACCCUGUCACGAACAAACACCUUGGUUUAGCACGUGUCGUGUUUGAGUCUGUUAAGUCAGCAAAGAGUUGUGUAGAGAAGCUGAACAACACUUCAGUGAUGGGAAAAGUUCUUAGGGUGUUCCUUGAUGCAUUUGGAGAAGAGUGCCGAAAGCUGUUUGAUGAGAAGACAACGGAAAAAAAGCCAGAGAAAGAACCAAAUACUGAUUUGGAUGAGUCUUCAUGUGGUGCAACGGACAAGGAUGAUAUCUUAAUCAAGAACAAACUAAUUAAAAAGGGGAGUUUGGGUCGUGACCUAUCUUCAGAGGAUCAUGAGAGACCGUGGCCUGAUAAGGAAGAAAUUUUGGGGUUGAAAAAGGAGCUAACUUCCGUUUACACUCGCAGUGAUUACAGCAUCGAAAAUCAUACAUAUAGGCAUAGAGAUUAUUCGACUCCUGGUUCAAGCACUAGUGACUAUGGGACUGGUCAGAGUGACACUUACUCUGAGAGAAGCUACAGCAGUGCUGGUUAUCACAAUAGCUCUGGUGUUGUACAAGGUUCUAACCAUUCAACACCAUCUGCAAUAGCAGGAACAACUUACGACUAUCACAAUCAUCGUUAUUCCUCAGCAGCUCCACCUCCAAGUUCUAGUGCGUCACAUUACCCAGCAUAUCAUCCACAGAUUCCUCCACCAACUGCACGACAGCCACCUCCGCAAUUUGUUCCACCACCACUUCACCAGCCCCCUCCACCCAUACCGCCACCUCCAACACAUGUUCCCCCUCCACCUAUUCAUCAUUUACCACCGCCACCUACACAACCACAAACACAGUGGCAGGGGACGUGGAGUGACGUACAUCCUCGGUGGGAACAUCCCCCACCAUCCUCUUCAGCUCUGCGACAGGUUCCAGUGCACGGUGCAGGCAAUGGUGCCACAGUGACUACCCUCCCUCCUGCCAAUGCAACACCAACCUGGACUCCAGUGACUGGUGAUGUUCGUGGUGUUGUGUUUUCACCUGAUAGGCUACCGGUGCCUAAAAUCAAGGGGCCUGGUAAGGUGCAUAGGCAUAGUGACAACAAAAGCCCAGAAGCACCUAAAGUGUUGGAUUUGGAUACCAGAAUUGAAAUGCUUCUUAAGGGAAAAGGUGCAGGUGGCAUGGCUCCAUCUUUUUUGAGGAUAGGUAUAGGAUCUGACUCUGAAGAAGAAACAAAGCCUGGAGCAAAAGUCACAUCUCGGCGUUCUUCUGGUAGUUCUUCCAAACAUGGCAGUUCUAGGCAAAGGAGACAGAGUAUGUCUCAAAGACUGAGUGGUUCAUCCCUUGUACCGUCUUCCAGCAAUUCGGACUCUGAUGAUUGUGCACCAGUACCCAGGCCAUCCUCUUCUUCUCGAGCUUCAAAUGAUAAUCAUUUACCGUCUGCAGAAGAAGCAGAGGAGCCAUUGUCAGUUCCUCCAUCGCCUUUUUUGUCGGAGGAAAUAUAUCUGAAGUGGCAUCGGAUUGGCAUUGACCAGAGACGAGCAGCCCGUGAACGUGAACAAGCAGAAACUACAGAACUGUUGGAGAGUGCACGAAGGCCGGUGCCACUUCCAGGCCAAGAUGAUCUGGGCAGCCUUAUCAGCAGUAGUGAAGAUGAGACAUUGACUGGUGGACCAGAAAUUAUGUCGAGUGUCAUUACGGGUACAUUAGAUGAGCGGUUGCAUACGUCACUGUCAAUGUUACCGGAUCGUACUACAUGUCCUGACACGGAAGAUAGGCGAUCUACUCCACUACAGGAUGAAAAUGACGAUCGCAUGUCAUUAUCUAGCCUGAGUUCUGGAGAUGAGAAGAUAGAAGUCUCACAGCCGCAGCAACCUCAAGCGCUUCCACCUCCCCCUCCUCCAGUACCUGCAUACCCACCACCACCACCUUUCACACCAACACCAGCUGCGGCUCCUGCUCCUCCACCUCCUUACCCACCAGUUCCGACUGCAUAUCCACCCACACCUGCCUUUUUUACUGCUGCUCAUCGAAUAGCAGCGCCACCUCCUCCUACAGUUGCAAGUUUUCCGCCUGCACCCGUGUCAGUGACUACAGGAAAUCCCUUUGUGGUGUGGGCCAAGCCCCCAGCUGGCCUGGGUGGCUUCCACUUCCCUCCUUUGUACCUGCCCCCUCCUGGAUUUACAGCAGGUGCUCCAUGCCCACCAACAGUUGCCGUUCCAUUUCCAGCUGGAGCAACACUUGCGAGGCAUGGUCCAUAUGGGUAUCCCCCUGGGUAUCCUGCUUUUCCUAGCAGGCUACCUCCAAUGGCUAGUCAUGUUCAGGUGGAAAGCUCAGAUCCUCAAGCUCCUACUAUCAAUGCAGUUCUAGAGAGGGUUAUUGCUGAACUAAAACAGAUUUUAAAGCGUGAUUUUGACAAGAAAAUGGUCGAGAACACUGCAUUCAAGUCGUUUGAAAGCUGGUGGGAUGAACAUGAAAGGAAAUCUAAGGUCCAGACAAACCAGCUGGAUACAAGGGAUAAUGCAGGAGAGACUGUCUCUGAGAAACUCAACUCAUUCCUGGAUACUGGCCGUGAAAGUUUGGGCCUUGAUGUGGGAUUAGGGGGCUUCAGUGGUUUGGGUUUUCGAGCUUCCAUACCAAAACUGCCAUCUUUCCGGCGUAAAAUUAAACCUCCGUCACCAUCACCAAUGGAAGAAGAAGAGAGGAGGCAGGAAUUGGUUGAGAGUGACCAAGAAGAAAUUGUUCAGCCUUCAGAUACAGAAACACAGGGAGAUGUCAGUGAAGAUCUCUUCCAGAGGCACUCUGAUAAACCACCCACUAUGCAGAGCGAAAGUGAAAAGUCAUCAAGUUCCUCCUCAUCCAGUUCGUCAUCAGAAAGUUCCGAUACUUCAUCAACAGAGAGUGACAGUGAGGAUGAGGACGAAGAUGGAGACGAAGAAAGACCUCUUAUGUACAGGCGGCGGCUCUUGGAGCUCGAUAUUGAAGAGUUGGAGAGUUUCAGUAAAUCGAGGACACCUGAGCGCAGUGAAACUCCUAUUCCCCCUGAGAGUCUCAGUGAUACAGAAAGUGGAUUUGGAGUUGCGGGACUUGAGGAUAUGAAACCUGCACUUGAGGAAAUUCCUUUGCCAGCGAGUGUUGCUGUUCCCACUUCUCUCAGUCCGUUGCACAAAAUGGAAAUGCACAGCACUGUUGAUUCUGCUGCAGCAGAAGCACUCAUGGCUCUGGCUGGUGGUGAAUCCAUCAUCCUGAAGACUGCAACAGACACAGGUCCACCUACAGUAUUGAAUGGGGGUCUUCCACCUGAAGAUACAUUUGCAGAAUUGUCAUCACCUCCUGACAUCACGGCUGAACACUCCUAUAGCUUACCACCCAGGCGUGAACCUUCUGCCUCUCCGCUUAGUAGUGACGAAACACCGAGAGGUGCUAAGCGGCCAUUGUCUCGACCUCCGCUUACUAAUCAUGCAACUUCAGUUGAAAAUGAACUGCCUCCAGCUUCCAAAAAAGCUCGAAAGUCUAAGUUUGAGGAGCUUAUGAACGAGACUGCAUAUGUUAAACCUGUUACUAAGGCUGUUGUGUUUUCCAAACGGGACAUUAUUGGAGAAAUGACUGUAUUGUACGAGUUUUUAACACGCGGCAUUGACAAGGAAGAUAUACAUUAUUUGAAACGCAGUUAUGAGGCAAUGUUGGCUGAUGAUGCUCAGGGAUACUGGCUGAAUGAUACUCACUGGGUUGAUCAUCCUGUUACUGACUUGUCGUCUGCACCAAGAAAGAAAAAGCGUGAUGAAGGCCGUGUUCACAAAACAGGAUGUGCAAGAACAGAAGGAUAUUAUAAGAUAGACGUGAAAGAGAAGUUGAAACACAAGCAUCAUUAUGGUCAGGUCAUACAGCAAGCAAGUGAGGAAACAGGUGGUCUGUCUACAGAAAUUAUAAAAUCUGUAUCGGGCAAGAUGCAGACACUAUCACGAGAAGCUCGCAGUAAUCAGAGAAGGCUGCUAACAGCGUUUGGCAUUGAUACUGAUAGUGAUCUCCUUAAAUUCAAUCAGUUGAAGUUCCGAAAGAAGCAGCUAAAAUUUGCAAAGUCAGCUAUACAUGAUUGGGGUCUGUUUGCCAUGGAGCCAAUUGCUGCUGAUGAAAUGGUUAUUGAAUAUGUGGGACAGAUGGUGCGACCUCUUGUAGCUGAUCUUCGAGAGCGCCAUUAUGAAGCAACAGGGAUUGGUAGUUCCUACCUCUUUAGGAUAGACGUUGAUACCAUAAUAGACGCUACAAAAUGUGGAAAUUUGGCACGAUUCAUCAACCAUAGCUGCAAUCCGAACUGUUACGCGAAGAUCAUUACUAUCGAAGGCCAGAAGAAAAUUGUAAUAUACUCAAAGCAGCAGAUCAAUGUUAAUGAAGAAAUCACUUAUGAUUACAAGUUUCCUAUUGAAGAUGUUAAGAUUCCAUGUUUGUGUGGCAAUGUACAGUGCAGAGGAACUCUUAAUUAAUGUCACUACUCAAUGACAUUUGUGUGUGGAACAUCUUUGGACCUGCACAUUGGAUUUACUUUCUCAUUUGCUCACUGGGGUGCAGUGCAAAACCACAGAACAGGUGCAAUGUGUAUUGUACCCCAGUACUGUUUGUGUUCAUUUUUUUAUAAUGCCUCAACUGGUUUGUAAAUAUAAAAACAACUUUUUACAAAGUACUUUUUUCUUCUGAAUCUUUGAAGUGUGUUGAGAAUGAAUGUCUGAAAAAAGUGCAUGUACUUAUGUGUCUGUCUGACUUUACCCAGCAGUCUUGUACUUUGUAAGUUUAAUGUAGGAAUCUGUACUUGCUCUCUGGUUAUUCUGCAAUGUUGGUUUUAAACCAUUCAUUUGUAAGCAGAAGUUUCAGCACUUGCUCCUUCUUGAAUGCUGUUUCUGUAAACUCUUUUCUUCCCUUUCUAUGCAUUAGCCACACAUGUGCAGAGCAUCUAAUUGCAGAUACAAAUAUUAUUGCUGCCACUGUUGUUGAUGUUUUUAGUAUUGUAAAUUAUGUGGUGUAACAUCCUUUAUGCUGCAGCAUAACAGUAUCUGUUUCUGAAAUUUACUUUGCUGUAUUCUUUUCCUAUCAACAAAAUUUUAAAACAGAACAAAAAAUACAGAUACUCCUUGUGGCAGGCAGAGCCUAUAAAUCUGAGCUGUACAUAAAAUAUAUUUCUUAAAACUGUUUGUGAUCUGUGUGUGUCAGUAAUAAGAUCUCAGGCAGUAUUAUUUGAAAGGAACAUACUUUGUGGAUGUGACAGAACAUUCCAAAGAUAAUUGAGCAUGAUUGAAAAUAAAAAACUCUGUGGAAAUGAUUAGCUAUACUAGUCACAUGUGUAGAAGCUUCUUUCUAUAUACAUUUUUUUUUAAAUUUCAUUUUCAGAGAGUUUUCUAUUUUAUUAAUGGUCAAGUUGUUUUCAUUGCUACCACUUUUGUAAUGUUACAGAAAAUUAUUUAAUAUUCAAAAUUCGUUUUUGGCUGAAAGUGUAGUAAUUUCUUAUUAAAUUGUUUGCAUUGCGGAUUCUAUAUUGUGUGAAUGAUGUUCAGAAAACACAUUUUCUUAAAACCAGUUUUCUCAAGAAUAAUAUGGGAUGACUGAAGGUUGUGACUUUUACGAAUGACCAGCUUCCAAAUGAUGUGGUGUAUAUGUGUUGUGUUAGAGUAAUUUUUUUUUUUAGUUUUAAAACCUGGAAAUGCUUAACAAGUUCAGCAGUUUACAACUGUUCAUUUUAAUUGUGUGGUUGAAAUCCAGCCCAGUACUUCCUGGAGCUAUUUUCUGGAGAAAGACGUGUUCAUACAAAUGUGCGCAACUUCAUGAAUGUAUGAGUGUGUGGGGAAGGAGAAAAGUAGUGCUGUUACAAAAGUCUCAUUGUUCACAGUGAUGGUGCUUAUGUGAGAAAGAGUGGUUAAUAGUGUGUUACACUGAGGAUGAUAGAAUUUAUCAGGACUAUGACCUAUGGAUGAAAUAUGUAAAGGAUAUUUUUGACCAUAGUGUAAGUCAGGAACACACAAAUAGUGAUCUGUUCAAAUCAGUCUAUUUUGUUUUUAAUUAAGUGGUUAUAAGCAAUGUAAAGCUAUGAGCCAUAAGUUUCAUUCAUGCUUUGUAUAUAUAGAAAAUGAUUGAUAAUUGUAACUUCAUCAUUUGUUCCCAAAUGCUAUGGAUGUGUUUAUUAAACUGAUUUCCUUUUUUCUACCUGUAACAUAUAAGUGUAUAAAUAUCUUCUGUACAUGAUUUGUACUUUAAAUCCCAUUAUUGUUUGCUAACAAACAAAAUGAACAUUAUAAGGUGGCACUCAGCCACAUCACUGUGAAAUUCACUAUGAUUGGUGAAAGAUUUUUUUUUUAUUUAUGAAUAGAGAGUACUAUAUGUAUUUAUAGUAAAGGACAUAGCAAAGUGCGAGCUAUAUUGUAUAAAUUCAUAUUUUCUGAUGAAACAAAAAAUCAAAUACAUUAAAAAAAUCAUCAUUUUAUCUGGAA